AUGAAGGUCCAAUGAACAAAUGUUUGACGGACUAUUAUUGUCCGAAGGCUUUGGUCUGAAGCCCUCGUGUUGAAGCCUUUGCUCUCAAAUCCUGUACUCUCAGCCCCUUUGUUCUGAAGCCGUCGCUCAAACCCUUUGCUCUCACAGUCGUCGUUGUCAGACACUGCAUCUUGGGCCACUCUGUUAUAUUUUGGAAGGUAUUGUUGGUUCAGUUAUUGCUAAAGAAGGCAGUCUGCCUGACGCUUCUGGUCUCGUAUCCGGUGUUUUCAAGAAUAGGGAAUGAGGGGUUUGCGAAGCCUGGAGGUCUGGAAACUAGGAGUUGUCAACUACAUUGAUGCAUUGAAACUGCAGGAAAAACUGGCCUUGGAUAGAAAGCUUCAUAAGAGAUGUGAUACUCUUCUGUCUUUGCAACACCCCCCUACAUACACUGUGGGCAAAAGGCAAACUGUUCACAAUUUGUUAAUUCCCCAGUCAGAGUUGGAAGCAAUUGGAGCUGAACUUCACUACACUCAAAGGGGAGGAGACAUUACAUUUCAUGGUCCCCGCCAAGCUAUUUUGUAUCCUAUCAUAUCACUUCGUGACAUUGGGCUUGGUGCUCGGAGUUUUGUGGAGAAAAUCGAGUCAACCAUGAUUGAACUGGCUGCUAUGUAUGGCGUGAAAGCUUGUCCUGGACAAAGUGGUGAAACUGGGGUAUGGGUUGGAGAAAGGAAGAUAGGUGCUAUUGGCGUUCGGAUAUCGGGUGGAAUCACUUCUCAUGGGAUGGCAUUUAACAUUGAUCCUGAUUUAAGCUACUUCAGGCACAUUGUUCCUUGUGGAAUUGCGGAUAAAGAUGUAACAUCUUUGAGAAGGGAGACAGAUGUUGUCCUUCCUGAGGGAGAAAUAGUACAGGAACAAUUGAUUUCAUGUUUUGCAAGAAUCUUUGGUUAUAAUAACCUGAUUUGGAAGGAGGAUGCUACAGUACAUUUUGAUUACGAAACUGAAUGAGAUUCAGUUAUUUGAGCUAGCAAACAACUGUAGAUAUUUGUUUCUCCUUGCAUUCUUUUGUCAAAUCUUUUAAGUUAAUAUAAUUCUUUCUUAUCUACAUAUGUACCAGAACAUGAUCGAGGAAUCAAUUUGAUUAAACUAGCCAAUGAAUAUUAUUUAAACAAAAUAUCAUAUUAAGGUUGUUAGUG